CUUAUAUGAAUUGGGAACUUAUUAUAAGACCUAGGGGGUCAUAUAUAGAGCUAAUUAUCCUCAGAAGGCCUGUCAGUGUCCCUUUAAUAUUACAGGAGGGCACUAAUGGGGGCAUUACUGAGGGCACUAUCAAUUCUUGAGGGCACUAAUACUACUAGGGGCACUAAUGGAGGAAUUAUUAAUACUAGGGGUUAACUUGGCUGGUAUUUUUUGUUGGGAAAGGUGGCAACCCUACACUUGGAGGGUAUAUGGCCAUUCUCCAUUUGGCUCCAAGGAAUGGUUUUGUACCUACUACGGAGCUUCAGAGACAGUGCAUUGUGUAUGGCAACGCUGAUCACCGCACAUCCCUGUAUAUACACGUUCACACACCACUACACUUGCACACUUGUACUAGAGCAACAAAAACUCAUAUGCCAUUCAUGUGGAAACGACCACUACACCACACGCAUGCGCACCCUCCCCAGUACAGGAUUGCUUAGCGCGUACCCGGUUUACGCAUGAGCAGACCGCACAGCCGCUGCAUGUUUGUUGCGCACGCGCAAAUGGCACGUUCUUGGAAGUGGAAAACGGCGCGCAUGCGCGAUCUCUGUCCAUUGACUCGCAUGGAGGGGAAGUUCACUGUUUUGGACGUUACAGCUACAAUGUGAAGCUUCCCGCGGCUUUCUACUUGCAGAUGUUUCCUGAGCAAAUUGGAAGACUUUAUGGAGGGUCAGGUGAUUGUCGGAGAUUUUAAUUUCACUCUGAAUCCAGCUAUAGACUCCUCGGCAAGACAGAGCACUACCCCCUGUAGACAACUACGUUCAUUACUCAGACGCUUUCACUCCCUCCAACUCACAGAUGUAUGGAGGAUUUUGCAUCCGCAAGACAUUGGGGGUCUCAUACUGAAUGGCUUCUUGUUUUAACUAGAGCGCAUCCCCGGAUUGUGAUAUAAGAUAUUGGACACUUACAUAAUGACUGUUCAGGGUCCUAUUACAUUCCAAGAUGUGGCCGCUUCUUUCACAGAGCAACAGUGGAUGCGUUUGGAGGACUGGCAGAAAGAGAUAUACAAGACUGUAGUGAAGGAGAUACAUGAGGCUGUAAUAUCCCUUGGUUACACCAUCAUUAAUCCUAACGUUGUGUUCAGUGUAAAGAAACUUGAUGAAUCCUUUGUUCGUGUUGACGAUCAGUCUGUAGAAAAGAAGGCAAGUGUUGGAGAUCUUCCUGAUAUUUUACUGAAGGUAAAAUAUGAACCACAAGGAGACGCCCCACCUGUUAUGGAGAAGCAGCAGGAUGUUGCUCAGUCCGGUUCUUCUGUGACUUCAGCUUCUUUGGUAAAUGUAGGAGAGAAGCAUGUGACGCAUGUACAGACACAAGCUAGUUAUGAACCAAAAAAGUCCAAUGCAUUUCCUGUAAAAACAGAAGAAGAAGCAUAUUUAAUACAUGAAUAUAAUUCUGGAGGAGGGGAUGACGAGCCUUGUCCAGCCGAAGGUGACGACAUUAUUAAGCAUGAAUAUGAGGAGGACGCCGACAUGGAGAAGGAUUUUCAAGGUGUCAAACAAGAGUUGGACCAAGUGAAUGAUGACAUUCAGCAGGUGAAGUUGACUGGAGAAUUGAUAGCAGACUAUGAUGAUGGAGAUAAACCAAGUGGAGAACAUUCUCCAUCCAUGGAAAUAGGACCAAAGAAGAGAAAAACUGGUUGUCAAGUUCGUGGUGAUAUUCUGAGUGUGCAAGAAAGAGAAACCAGGCGUCUCCGUGUCCUGGAAGGCAUGGGGAAACCAUAUCAAGCACUGGCGAGUUUUGUGUAUGAUCCUAUUACAUUUAAAUCCGGUAAAGAUCGGGAAGAAAUCCCACAAGCGCCAUAUGUCAGGAGAGAUGUCAGUAACACCAGGUGGUGCAAAUGUGGCCACUGUUGCGUCAUGUCUUCCGUGGAAGAGUCUGUAUGCUGCCAUGAGAUUUUUGGACUUCUCUCCCAGCUCAAUGAUGAGCGCCUGUGUAUUACGAAGCAUCCUGCCUUCCAAGAGCUGUGUCUGGACCGGGAUCGUCUUGAUUUCCUUUAUCGUUUCUUGGCCAAAAUUAAGAGAAAGAAUGACGUUCUGUAUUAUCUCCACAAACUUCGACGGACAUCCUACAGAGCCUUUGUAAUAUGGGCCUAUGGCUUCCUGGACUUUCGGAAGUACAAACCUGUCCCUGCGUGUGUGGUCAAGCAUGUACGAGAAUUCCUACCCUACCCUGAAGAGUUAAAUGUUGGCUAUAAGAAGAUGUUUGACUAUCCUGCUGCAAUCAUGGCAUUGGAUCAUAUCUGAUGUAGUUGUGUGUGUUUCUUGGAUACCUGGUUUGCACAUUUUUAUGCUCAUUAAAUAUUUUUAGAUCCUUCUCCUUC